AUGUCUGUCCUAGACGUGAGUAUUCCGAAAUUUGAUGGACCUGAUCUCCUCAAUGCUGAGGUUGUCCUGAACCGCUCUGAGCUCUUUCGAGCAGAGUGCAAGAGGCUCAUAUCGGAGUCUGAGAGCGCAUGUAUCCGUAUGCAAGAUGGUGACAGUAAGCGCCUUGAUCAGCGGGUCAGAGACAUUCAGUUUUUAAAGAAGGAAGUGGAGCUGAAGCUCGAAGAGCUUAUUCCAGAGAUUGAUGCCCUUGAAGCCUUACAGAGCAGAGUGGUGAAGGCCCUGGCGAUGAACCAAGACGCAAUGAAAGUCACUCUUCUCUGCCUGGAUGCGAGAAGGAAACGGGCCCCUUCUGACAGGGUGCAUGAUGCGGUGGAUGCCGAGCUGCUGAAAGAAUGUUCAAUGUUUCAGGAAGUGACAGGUCUACUUCAGAUUGUGCUAGAGCAGAUUGCUGAGCAGAUACGUCUGAACAGGUCUGCUAAGUUCUAUUUAGAACAGGAUCUGAAGGAGAAAUUUCAAGCUCAAAACAUUGACAACUCUUGUGCUUUGAUGACCAUGCAGACAAUCCCUAAUAUGCAACUCUCCAAGAAAAACAUCACUAUGCUGUCAAGCGCAACAGUUAGCCCAAAGCAGUGGGAGAACAUCUCAGACCUCAACAUAGCCAGGGCAGAGCAGCAGAAGAAUAACUCUUUGUCUCUGCGCGCUCUGGUGGAGUCUCUGCUGGCGCAAUCGGCUGACGACAUGCAGAAGCAGUUCAGGUCUACUAAUGAAGCCUUGCAGCUCAACAUUCAGCUGCUCAAGGCUGCCAAGACCCAACUGGAAGAUAAGCUUCCCAAGGUCAUAUGUGAGAUCAGCAACAUUCAGAGGAUCAGAGAGGAUCUGCAAGCAGCUGUCGCAGAGAGUGAACAGUUCCUGAGUUUGGCCCAGGCCCGGCUCCUUCUGCGCAAAGAGAGGCCUGGCAAAGAGCAGUGUCUCGACGCACCCCAGGUCCAGCUCCUCGCCGAGGUUGAGCAGCUCAACCUUCACAUCACCAAACUGCGUGAGGAAUUGGCUCAGUCUGAGGAGGAGCAGAGGGCGCUGGUUCGCUGCCAGCUGGAGCUGCAGGAAAACAUUGACAUCAAAACCAACUCACUCUACAUUGAUGAGGUCGUCUGCAUGCAGCUUAGGGAGCCCAUCGUCAUUUGCCACAUCUGACCAAUCAGCAGCAAAGCUUCAUGUGUAUACGUUACUGAUACAUACAGGCAUGUACCAUAUGUCAGAAAAUAAAUACAGUUAUAUAACAUACCAAAUUCUUUACUCUGUGACUAAAACUUUCCUUGUUUAAAAUCACUUACUAAAGCUUUUAUGUCAGCACACAUAAAAAUAAUUAUACCUCUUGAACUUCAACUUCUCUGUAGCUUAUUGAGACUUUUGUGUGAGACACCAGCACAAAGUAGGAGAUUGUUGU